AUGGCUAAACGCGUCUGCAUAAUCGGUGGUGGUCCUUCCGGGCUCGUCGCCGCCAAAACGCUCACGCACGAUGCACCACCAGGCGCGUUCCACGUGACUCUCUUCGAGUCCUCUCCCCGCAUUGGAGGGCUCUGGCCUGUGUCUACCGUAGACGACGGCCUGGUGAACCCAGACAUGCGUACGAACCAGUCCCGCCAUACGGUCUCCUUCAGUGAUCUGGCGUGGGAGAGUAGCGCGCCAAUGUUCCCCAAGGCGUGGAUGGUGGGACAGUAUCUGCAGCGGUACGUGGCUGUUUACGGGGGAGGGUGGGACGUCAGACUGGGUCGCCGCGUUGUGAGCAGUGAGAUGCUAGGAGAUGGGAGAUGGAAGAUCCUGGUUGGGGAUGGGAUGCCGGCCGAGGAGGUGCUGUUCGAUUAUCUGGUUGUCGCGAGUGGCUUCUUCGGGAAGGAGAGAAUGCCUUCUGGCCUCGGCGGCUGUGGCUUUCCUGUGGCGCAUAGCUCGAAGGUCAGGGAUAUCAAGACCCUUUUGAGCGAUGAGAUGGGGAAGGCCAAGGGGAGUGGGAGGAGGAUUGUGGUUGUUGGGGGCCAGAUGAGUGGUGUUGAAACGGCGACUGCGGUUGCGAUGCAGAUCUCAAGCGCGGCUAAUACGCCUGGGGGUGAAGGGAUCGAGGAUGCGGGGAGUUAUGUCGUGGAGCAUUUGGUGCAGAAGCCGGUCUGGGUCAUGCCGCUUCACUUCCCUAGGAAUCCAUUUGUCGAAGUGGAUGGGGAAAAGGUAUGUCACCAAAUCCUGAUAUGUGAGGAGCGGGCACUGAGGAAGAAGCAGGAAAAGAACCGAGCGCCUGAGUUCCUGCCAGUCGACUUGGUCACGUAUAACAUCGGUUGGCGGCCAGAAGGCCCAGUGGCGAAUUCGUCCGGACACAUCACGGCCGAAGCUGCAGUCAUCACCCACGCUUUUAUGGAAAGCUAUAUUGGCAGCGAUCAAAGCGAUUUUGGGCCUGAUCUGGCAGUUGUGGGAGACAAUCGGUCCGAGCCUCCGAGGCUGUCGUUCAGUGAUCAGUAUCUCGAGUUUAUUCGCCACAAGAAAAUCGAAGUGAGAACGGGUCGCUUUAGGGAAGCUUCAGGCGACAGUGUUAGUUUGGAAGAUAAAUCCGGGCACCUUGUUUCAAUUUCGGGCGUUGCAGCCAUCGCCUGCGCAACAGGCUUUGACGCCGCUCCUUCCUUGGAAUUUCUCCCUCAAGAUGUACUCAGGACUUUGGACUUCAAACCAACAGACGAAAGUUUUCCUCUCGCCCUCAAUUUACAUGCGACUCUUAGCACAAAGAUACCAACUUUAGGAUUCGUAGGGUUUUACAGGAGCCCGUACUGGGGAGUCAUGGAGAUGCAAGCACGAUUACUGGCCAAGCUGUGGAGUGGAGAUGAGAAAGCCAAGCAGGCAUUACAAGAAGACACGACGAUGGAGACGAUGAUGCAGCUGAGGGGAGAUCCUAGGAGAGCGCAAUUCCCGAUGGGGGAUUAUGCCUAUCUGAUGGAGUCCUUUGCUGGGAUUUUGGACAUCAAGCUUCAAGAGACUCCCGAUUUCUCUGGCCGAAGCGGAAUCAUCACACCCUACCGCUACACUUACGCCACAAGAUCGCCCAUCCAACAUAUCGAAGUUAACAAAUCCAUGGCAGAAUACAACGCAAUCUUUGCUGCCUCUUCCAAGCAAGCAAAAUUCGUUCCCAGAGCAGUCUUCCGCGGCCUCCAAGGAAUCUGGACACUCAACCGAACCAUCACAUCCCGAAUCCCCACCUUCCCUUCCGGAAAGCUCGUCGGCACCGCCUCACUCCUCCCUCGAAAUCCUACCGACAAGCCCUCCCCCGCUUCCAGCUCGACCACCCCCGGUCAAGAAGGGGAAAAGGAGGAGGAAGCAAAAGCAGACAUGGAAUACCUCUACUUUGAAGAGGGCGAAUUCAAGACCGACUUCGGUGCUACAAUGACCGCGAAACGCAGUUACGUGUAUCGGUAUUUUGAGGAGCGGGAUUGCAUUGAUCUGUGGUUCGCGAAGCAGGACUACAUGUCAGCGGAUUACUUCUUUCAUCGAGUCAAGUUUAUCAUCCCUGAGGAGGAGGCCGGGCCGGGAAGACCAUGGAGGGCGGCCUCGAGUCAUCUGUGCAUCGAGGACAUGUACGAUGUGAGCUACGCGUUUAGCUUCAGUGGUGCGACGCUCGAGAACUGGAGCGCCGAGUACACGGUCAAGGGACCACAGAAAGACUACACGAUUCGGAACGUGUAUACACGCCCCAUUUGA